ACGAGAACCAAAACCCCACUAAUCAACCAUGUAACACAAGCAUCCACAAAAGCACAACCAGAAAGCAAGUAGCCCAAUUAAGCUCACUUAAUUCUAAGAAAAAAGGGAAAAAAAAAAAGAAGUUAAAAUCAAGUACUAGCUUUAGCUUUAGCCGAUUUUUCAUACGAAAAGCCGAGCUUAAGUCUAAAGAUAUUUGUUUUUACACACACAGAGAGAACGGAGAAGGGAGCUAGAGAGAGAGAGAGAGAGAGAGAGAGAGAGAAAGAGGAUAAUGGCGGUCUCAGUCCCAAUCUUGGCCAUCGUCGUCUCGCUUCACCUCAUAGCCUUCGUUCUCGCCGUCGGAGCUGAACGACGUCGUAGCUUGGCUAAGGUUGUGCCUGACGAGUACGACGAGUACACGUACUGCGUGUACGACUCCGACGCGUCGACGGUGUACGGACUGGCGGCGUUUGGGCUUCUCUUGCUUGGCCAAACGGUGCUUAACGGCGUCACCAGAUGUCUCUGCUUCGGAAGGGGCUUAAUCACGGGGACUUCCACCACUUGGGCUGUCUUCUUCUUCAUAGUUUCCUGGACAAGCUUUUUGGGAGCCGAGGCAUGCUUGUUGGCGGGAUCAGCAAAGAACGCAUAUCAUACCAGGUACAGAGGAAUCUUCAAGGUAGAUCACUUGUCGUGCUCCACCCUACGAAAGGGUGUUUUUGCUGCCGGGGCUGCUCUUACUUUGUUAUCACUUCUGGGGUCUGUUCUUUACUACUGGACGCAUUCUAAAGUCGAUACUGGUGGAUGGCAAAAGCACCAUAAUGAAGGCCUUGGAAUGACCACUUCUGACUCUGGACAAAAUCAGCAACACCAACAGCAAGCAAAUGAAUUCCAGAAAGUCUAGAUAUGGUACGAUGUUAAGUAGGUUAGUUCCGACAGUUUUGGAGAUUUCUGUUGAAUGAAAGUUACACAGAUCCUAUAUUAUCAAACGGUCCGUUACGAGGGAUAGAUGAAAAAGUAUGCUUGCAAGCUUGCCAUAUAAUUGGAUACAUAAUACUGUGCUGUCACUGUGUUUAGUGCCCUGUCUUUGUUCGUGCUUUGUAUUAUUUUCAAUUAUAACUUCUUUCUCCCGCUUGUACAUGCUAGUUGAUAUAUUGCUUUUCUCAUUUGCUCGUACUGUAGCAGGACUAGCCUUUGGAACUGGGUCUUUGGUUGAGAAAAUGAAUCUAUUGUUCUUUAGCUUGACACAUUUUAGUGAUAACCAUUUCUAGUGAUAGUUUUUCAGACAGUCAUCUAAUUGGUACCGAAGAGAAGGGGAAAAUUAUCAGGUACGGUAA